AUGACAGAGACGUCGAACUUGGGUUCUUUCAAUUUAUUAGAGGAUCGAAGAACAAUGGAAAAAGUUGUGGAAAUCAAACAACUCCAUGCAUCUAAACAUGAAGUACGCCUAGCAAUCUCCUUCACCUUUCUUAUGGAAAUUCGAAGAUAUAUCUAUAGUGAUGUAAUCAAUCGGCAAGACUUGUGCAAGCUUUUCAACUGCUCUGGCAUACAGGUUACUGCCAUUUAUGGAGGCAAGCCUAGGAAAGAUGAAUGCCGAUUUCAUCAUCUCAAAAGGCGAAAACUAAAGCAAUCAAGAAAAGGAGUUCCACUAAGAGCCCCGAUCACAAAUCCAAAGAAAUUUUAUAAUUUAGAUUUCAAGAACACGUACAACACCACUCUUAUAUCCAUAAAGAUCUCGAAGGAGUUGGCCUCUUAG